AUUGAAGGCCGCAUUGCAAUAUCGGGGCUUCAACGAGAUGGUGUACGAGUUCAUGUUGUCGAAAUUUACGAUAAAAUACGCAUGAUGCCGUAUACAAACAGUUUUGGACGUUUUACGUACGCUUUUGUGCUGUUUUUAAGUGUUGUGGUCGGUUUUAGUGACACUCAGUUGGUGAUUAACGUGAGAAAUCAGGGUGGAGACGUGGUUCAGGAGAACAUAUCGGCAAAUGUGAGCGACGAUACAGUCACUUUGGAGUUUCAGAGGUCUGAUGGAACGCUCGUAACCCAGCUUAUCGACUUUAAAAAUGAAGUACAAGUACUGAAAUCCUUGAUUCUGGGCGAGGAGGAGCGAGGUCAAAGCCAGUAUCAAGUGAUGUGCUUCAUCUUCCAUUUUCCCAAAGACUCGUUCAUAUCUUCGGACGCGAUGUCCAAGCUGCGGCAGAAGAAUCCCGGAACAAUCAGGACCCCGGAGGAGGAUUUAGGCAGGACCAACAGGACCAUGGACUACGUGGUCUUCGUGCAGCACUCGGGAAUGAUUUCGCCUUACAUUCCCGAUCUAUGCGCCGAAGCCGGCACGAAUGUUUAUGCUAGGCAUGAAGAUAUUAUCAAGUGGGCUGCUUUGCAAGGCAUCUCAGAAACGUCAUACUUGACAGCUAUUAAAGCAUUUCCAUCGACCCCCAACCUUUUCUUGAGCAACGACCUUCGGAUAGAAGACACCUCAUCCCUACCCAGCUGCACAGACACCAAAAACAUGUUGACGCAGUGUCAGUGCCACUUGGAACUGUGCAUAGGCUGGUACCCUUGCGGUUUAAAGUACUGCAAAGGCAAAGGACCCACAAAAAAUUCAGUGAUGAGUUAUCGUUGCGGUAUCAAGACUUGUAGAACGUGUCACUUGUUCGCUUACUACGUAGCGCAGAAACAGAUGUGUCUAUGGGACGAAUGACCCAUAGUUUGGGACUAAAAACGAUAGUGUUUGCCUUAUACAGGGUGGUCUAAAGUAUCCCUUUCAUUUUUAAAUUUUAAUAUAGUAAAUUUAAAUUGAUUUAGUUCCUUUUUAGAGUUUUGCAAAAUAUAAUUGCUGUUUUUAUUACAAUUAAAAAAAAUAUUCGGAAAAUAAUGAUAAUUUGGACAACCCUGUAGAGUAAAAAAUUACGGACCAAUUUGCCUUAGAGUAUAUUAAGAUUUAAUUAUGUUUAAUGUUUGAGUAAUAUAAAUUCAUAUAACAAAUUUUCAUUCAGCAUUUCCAAAUUACCCUGGGAAAGAUAGGUUUAACGUUUGAGAUUUUUUACAUUGAUUUGUGCAUAAAUAAAUUAUAAAUAACUGAAAUGGAUUAAAUUCAAUUUAAAGGUUGGCCUAUUAUAUUGAUUCGAAUAUGGAAUGCCAAGUUCAUGAAUACCAUUAAUUUGUGCCAAAAAUUAUAAAUUAUAUAUUACUCACACAUUUUAAAAAUUUAAAAGGCAAAACACUAAUAAUAACUUCCAAAGAGGAACUGUAAAUAAGUCGCUAAUAUUUUUAUACCUACAUAAUUACCAUCGUUAAUUUAAAUAUUUUGGUUUGCUAGCAAAUACGUAAAUAAGGUAAACUUUUGUGCCAUACUAUUUAAUAAAUGCUUUUAUUAGACAAUAACGUUAAAUAUCGAUAUUUAUUUUAAUGAAUGUAAUGCUUUCAAAAAUUCCUAUGAAGUAAUAUACGCAUUGUUAAACAUAUGUAAAUAAGUUUCAUCGUUGUUUGUAUUAAUAUCAAACCCUUAACUCUACUGGUGCUUUUAUAUUUUUGUUAAUUUAUUAUGCGUUUAUAUUAUUAGCUUAUGUUUAAUAGUUUAAUAAAUACAUGUAUUUUUACUA